AGGCGGUCCAGAGCCCCAGCGCUCGCAAACACUGGCUUCCCUGCUGGCGGAGCGCUUGUAACUUAAAACCUCCCGCAGCCUCUCGGCUCCACACAAGCCCUCCGCUGCCCGAGCAGACAGGCAGUCCUCCAGGGUCCAGCUCCGCGCCCGCGACCGGACCGAGCCAGCCAGCCAGACGCAGGACUGACCUGAGUGCAGCCCGAGAGGUCCAAGUAGAUGAUCCUGUGACAGCCCUUCCCUGUGGCCAGGGACUGCAGCUGUAACCAACCAGCCGAGGCUCGUCUUUCAGAGAAACCGCCACAGCCGCUAGAGCAGCCGUCCAGCCGACAACGGGCAUGCGGGUGAUCGCCCUGCUGGUCCUCCUGGCCCUCGGGUCGGCCGAGGUCAGGAAGGCCAGGCCCGGAGGCAGGCGGGGCGGGGGGAGGAGCGGCAGGCGGGAGGGCACCGUCAAGCGCUUCGCCGGCGAGUGCAAGGAGUACACCGAGGCGGGGGACAAGUACCUGGACUGCCAGGACAGGCACCUGUCCGCCGUGGUCAUGGGCUGGCCGGAGGACACGGUGCACCUGCUGCUGGCCCGAAACAAGAUCCAGGUGCUGCGGGACGACACCUUCUCCCAGUUCAGGAACCUAAAGAGCCUGGACCUGCAGCAGAACCAGAUCAACAUGAUCGAGGAGGGCGCCUUCGCCGGCCUCGACCAGCUGACCACCCUGCUCCUGCAGCACAACCGCCUGCAGGUGCUGACCGAGGAUGUGCUUAUCCCGCUGCCCCGCCUCAAGCACCUGCGCGUCUACGACAACCCCUGGAGCUGCCGCUGUCACCUGGACAGCCUGGUGCGCCACCUGCAGGUGCCCAGCCACCGCAACCUGGGCAACUACGCCAAGUGCGCCGAGCCCGCCAACCUCAGGGGCCAGAAGCUGAAGCGGGUGAAGGUGGAGCUGCUCUGCCCCGAGCUGGAGAAGAACAACCUGAAGCCCGAGGAGAUCCCGCAUAAGCCCAUCAUGGGCGACAAACACGUGGACGCCACCACCAGCUGCCGCACCUACAUGUUCCCCAAGCCCCUCCUGGACUGCAGGAACCAAGAUCUGAAGAAUGUUCCAGCUGACCUCCCCUCUGACAUAGUCAAGAUGGACCUCUCCAAAAACAGCAUCAGACAGCUCAAAGCCAAAGAGUUUGUGGCUGCCAAGGACCUGAAAUUACUGAACCUCAGCAGCAAUAACCUUGACCGUAUUGAUACAGCCGCGUUCUCUGGCCUCCUGUACCUUAGAGAGCUGGACCUCUCCAACAACAGCCUGCGCUUCUUCCAGUACGGGGUCCUGGAGGACCUGUACUUCAUCAGGAAGCUGAUGCUGGGAGACAACCCCUGGAUAUGUGACUACAACAUCCACUACCUGAUCUACUGGCUGAAGCACCACACCAACGUGGAGUACUCGGGCCUGGUGUGCAGCUCCCCGCCCGAGUACAGCGGCUGGCCGGUGGAGAACUACGUCAAGACCUACAACGCCGAGUGUCCCAAAGACAUACUGCUGGGACUGACGGACACGGCCCAGGAGCUCACCGCCGAAACCGAGGAGGAGGAGAUAGAGAACCUCCCCCGACCUCUAACCACCCGUAAGAAAUUCGAAAUCAUAAGGUUGAGUUAAAAAGAGACAAACUGGCCAUUCCCCCCCCCCCCCCCCCCCCCCCCCCACUGUAAGAACUGCAUUUUUUUUUGUAGGACAGUCUAAUUUAGUCUGUAUCAGAUCGAAGCUCAUUCUUCUGUUCUAAGUCAUCACUUACAGAGAACGAUUGCUGUUUUCUUUUUAGUUUGUUUUUUAAAUGGUAAUAUUUCAUACUGAGACUAAUUUGUAUAAAAGUGAUGACCUUUUUUUACUUCGGGUUUUUCUUCCUGUCAACAAAAUAAACCUGGCUGUUUUCUGAA